AAUCAUGGAUGCACAUCAGAUUAUUUUCAUCGCCAUGGUGACAUUCUUGUCUAUUGCUGGUUGCUAUGGACGACCGAGUGGCUCAGUGGAUGACGUUUUAACAGGAUGUAAAAGAAAGCUGUUACUGGUAGAUCAGAUAUGCGCUGGUUGCUAUGCGCCCCCUGACAUAAUAAAUAACGUUAACUUUGACUUAACAGGCAAAGGACCUGGAUACGAAGAGGAGAUCGUCAAGAACCAAAUUAAGGAAGCCUGCUGUAAGGAGUACUGCCCCCUCCCAAAGAUCAUAGAGUUUUGUUGUGACGAAAGACAACAGGAAUUUCACCAAUUUAUGUCGUCAUUUGCUUCCACCGAGGAGUAACUUUUGUCGCAGGAGUAUAGCUUGUACUGUCAAUGCUUUACAUUAAAUAGACUGUAUUUUCUGGAAUAUCCCAAAAGCACGUCAUUCCGCCAACAACAUUCCGACAAAGCAGAUGUUGCAAUAUUUAUCUAUGCUACGCCAUGUUGUUGACGUCACUUCCUGUCAAGUAACAAGAUGAAAUGAUAUCACAUCCUGUUAACACGCCAUUUUGUAUUGUUAUUUACUUAAACAUUUGUUAUGGCACUAUCUUGUCACUGUAUUAGUAAGUUAUUGGUCUGUUUUGUGAAUCGUGAGUAAUGGAUAUGAUAGUUUUGGUAUCACUCACCGGGACCAAAUCAAACAGGUCUCAACAGAUAGUCGAGGCACUGCUAGAUGACGAAGUGUGACGAAAUGCUCAGUUUGGCGGAUAUACUAGUAACUAAACCAAUGUAAUUAUUGUUAAUGUAAUCGUAAACAUGGAAGUCGCCAUUUUGAAUUGUGUUGCUGUGUACCCAAACAUAUUGCAUUGAUUAAUGUAGUUACACCCAACAUCAUUGAGCCGGCGCCCGCUAAACACAUCGGUUACAAGGGAUGAUGACGUAAUAUAAUUGUAUUCUUUGUAUUUAUUCAGUACAAUCGUGCCAAUUUCUUUUAUGGGGGCAGCUCUCACCUAGGACCUUUACAUAUCAUGCAUUCUGUUAGCUAAGGUUCUCUGACGACGUUCAGAUUAUAAGGAAGUUUUGAAUAUAUCAAUCUGUAUUUAUUUUAAGAAAUCGUUGUUGGACGAGCCUGAUUCACAAAUUUGCCGUGAGGUCACUGCACGAAUGCUUCUCGGUUCAAGUAUACGUUUAACGAAAUACCAUUUCAGUUGUGGCCAUGGUUACACGACACAAUUUGGCGCCAAGGGCGGCAAACCACACAAUAUCAUAACGAUCAUUUGACCGUACUUGUGUAAUAAGCUGUUUCGCACAGAUACGUAUUUAUGUACAUAUUGCCUUUAAUAGUAUUUUUGUGUAAAUUAUUUAUGUUUGUUUGUUUGUUAAUAAACUCGUACCAUUGCAAUGUG